AUUUUCGUAGUUUAAAAAACCUAAGCGCCUCUAUAUAAAUACGAAUGCGUGGAUCCAAAGUCUCCUCCAAAAAAAUAAACAAUAAAAAAAAGAGCGAAGAUUUUCCUCGUUCAAAAUCGAUUCGGCAAGUGUUAGCUCUCGCCUAGUUCUCCAAAACCCCGGCGGCGCCAUUGCUGUUUCCGCCGUCAAAACAUGGUGGAGAAAAACGUGGGACCUCUGUCUUCCAAUCCAGACAAAACCAGAGUGUUGCGUAAACGUAAGUCGCGGUCUGAAUCUGAUGAUGAUUUAUCUGAUAUCAAUGACGCCGAGAUUACCGGAUAUCUUAACAACAAAACGGAGAUGCUAUUCAAGAAGUUGGUUUGGGAAGCUAUGAACAAAGAUUACCCAAAGAAACAAAGAAAGCCUGUAAUUGCAAAGAAAUCUACUUCUGCUAAGAACGUUGUUGCUAGCAGGACAGUAAAAGGAAAGGAAGAGGAAAAGGAGCAUAAAAAGAGAUUGAGUUCAAAAAUCAACUAUGAUGCGUUGGAGAAGCCAACUGAUGAACCUGACGAAGUCACUGAAAAGGCUAAGAAGGGUGUUAUAGACUUGAACUGCAGCAACCAAAUUGAAACGCAGCAGUCCAAAGGAACAUCGAGUUUGGAAGUAUGUGCUUUUGAGGAAGACAAUUACAGUGACGAGCUUGAGCUCGAAAAUACCCCUCUAUACUCAUAUAGAGAAGACGAAGAGGAUGAAUAUGGUUAUAGGGAAGAUUAUGACUAUGAAGAAUUUUGAUGCUAAAGUGCUUUUGUCGAUAAUAUAUUAAUUUUUUUAUAAGUUUUGAAGCCUGGUGUUAGGACACAAUUAUGUGAUGAAAUUUUGCAUAGUUAACUGCUAUUGUUGCAAAUAGUUUUGCACUUGAAAAUACAUGAAGCCACUUAUUGUUCAAAAUAAUUGAGUAAUUUUGCAA